AUGACAGUCCCUCCGACAUUGCGCAGACUCAAUUUGGAUGGUCUUCAAAUUAGUAUCUGUUGUGUCCUAACUAAUAAGGACAGUAUCGAUCAUCUCACCGAUGGAAUAAAUGAUCACAUUGAUACAAUAACUAAAGUGAAUUUUCCUACAACGAAUCAUCUAUUGGAUUUUCUCAAUGCAUCCAGAAAAUAUAUUUUCACAGAAACUUGGGGCUAUAGAGUAAACGGUUCUUGGAAUGGCAUGACAGGAUUCUUGAUAAGAGAAGAAGUAGAAAUUGGAGGGUCCCCGAUGUUCUUCACAUCAGAAAGGAUAUCUGUAGUCGAUUACAUAGCAAGCCCCACUCCAACGCGAUCCAAGUUCGUGUUUCAACAACCUAAAUUGUCCUAUGAGAACAAUUUGUUUUUACUAUCUUUUCGAACAUCUGUAUGGUAUAGCAGUGUCGCGCUGAUCAUAUUGUUGCUAUUGGCCAUAAUGUUAGUAGGCAUGUGGGAAUGGAAGAAGAAUAAAUAUAAUGGAGAAUGGGAAAACGAUAAUUCGGGCUUGUUGAGACCAAAUUUACUAGAUGUUAUGAUCUUGAUAUUUGGUGCGGUUUGUCAGCAAGGUAGUCCGACAGAAUUGAAAGGUUCUUUAGGUCGUGUCGUAAUGUUGCUCUUAUUCAUAGCUUUGAUGUUCCUCUACACUUCAUAUUCUGCAAACAUUGUUGCGUUACUUCAAUCAAGUUCCUCUAAAAUACGGAGUUUGGAAGAUCUGCUACACUCAAGGUUAAAAUUUGGAGUUCACGAUACGGUUUUCAAUAAAUACUAUUUCUCGACCGCCACAGAGCCUGUUCGAAAAGCUAUUUAUGAGAAGAAGGUAGCACCACCGGGCACCACACCUAGAUUCAUUACAAUGGAAGAAGGGGUUUUAAAAAUGCGAAAGGGUUUAUUCGCUUUUCAUAUGGAAACGGGUGUGGGAUACAAGUUCGUUGGAAAAUAUUUCAAGGAGGGUGAAAAAUGUGGAUUGCAAGAGAUACAGUAUCUUCAAGUAAUAGAUCCUUGGUUAGCUGUCAGAAAAAACACACCGUAUAAAGAGAUGUUUAAAAUAGGUUUGAAGAGGAUUCAGGAACAUGGCCUUCAGAGCAGAGAGAACAGGCUGUUAUAUGAAAAACGACCAAAAUGUUCAGGCAGGGAGUCCAAUUUCGUAUCAGUAAGCAUGGUGGACUGCUAUCCUGCUCUCUUAAUACUGUCUUACGGUUGCCUUCUAUCACUUCUUCUACUAUUUCUUGAAUUGCUAGUUCAGAGAAGACGUACUGUUUACAGAAAAUUGUCAUGUAUCAAACAAAUCAAAUUGAUGAAUGUCUUGAUGAAUUUGGAUAAUCCAAAAACCAUUCAUUUUGUACCCAAAAAAUGGGCUACUAUGGAAACAAUGUUACCAGAACAUGUCAUGGUGGUAACAGAUUUGAACUGCCCUGAAAUAGGAGAUUUUCUCAAAGUGGCUAGUUCUAUGAAGAAAUUUGCAUUACCUUACCGAUGGUUAAUUAUUGGAAAACCUAUUAAUAAAAGUAGUGCUGUAAGCACAGAUAUUGAAAGUUUGAAUCUGCUUACUGAUUCUAAUGUAGUCAUAGCUCAACUUAACGGGGACGACUCUUUUGUUUUAAAGAUGGUUUAUAAGAUGCGAAUUAAUAACAGUGAAUGGAUAACGGAAGAAUUUGGAAUAUGGACUCGCCUAGAUGGUCUAAAGAAGAAUAAACUAGCUGAAACAUCAAUUUCGACAAGAAGAAAGAAUUUCAAUGGAGAACCUAUUAAGACUGCCAUGGUUAUACUGGACAACAAAACUAGAUCUGAUCCUUAUGACUUAACUGACAUAUUUGCUGACACGGUAACGAAGAGUAGCUUCCGUUCCACCGAUCCAAUAUAUGGAUAUUUGAAUGCGACGAAAAGCCUUAUAUUUAGCGAAACCUGGGGCUAUUACAAAAACGGUUCCUAUGGAGGUAUGAUUGCAGAAUUAACUGUAGGGGAAGCUGAACUUGCAGGUUCGAAAACAUUUUUACAUAAUGAUCAGGGUACAGUCCUGAUAGCUACACAAGAUCGAAUGGAAGUGGUGGAUUACUUGUCCUGUCCGAUGCCAAUAUCGAUAAAGUUCGUAUUCAAGGAGCCACCGCUGUCGUACCAGAAUAAUUUGUUUCUUCUACCAUUCAAAACCUCCGUUUGGUACUGUAUGGGAGCGUUUGUGUUGAUUUUGAUGUUGAUCCUUUACAUUAAUGCCCUGUGGGAACAAAGAAAACUACAGAAAAGUGAAUCGAUUGCUACAGAGCCUAUUCGAAAAGCAAUAUACCAAAAUAAAAUCGCACCCGAAGGAAGAAAGCCAAGAUUUAUGAGUAUCGAAGAAGGCGUUAAGAAAUUGCAAAACGAACCGUUUGCUUUUAACAUGCACAAAGGCAUUGGAUACCGAUUGGUAGAGAGGUAUUUUCAUGAACAUGAAAAGUGUGGACUUCAAGAGAUUGCAUAUUUGGAUGACACCAAAACUUAUAUUACUUGUAGAAAACAAUCUCCGUACAAAGAGAUAUUCAAAAUUGGGCUAUUCAGAAUAAAAGAGCAUGGUCUGAGUGACCGCGAAGACCGUCUGAUCUACACGCGUAAACCAACCUGCCACUCCCGCGGUGGUAGCUUCGGCUCCGUCAAUAUGGUGGACUUCCAUCCUGUCGUUGUUAUGUACCUGUAUGGUAUUCUGCUGUCGUUUUUACUACUGUCAAUAGAGAGACUAGUAUAUCGAAGAAUUAAUAUGCAUCGCGCGUAG